AUGCACACUCAGCGGGACUGACUACAGAGAAGCAGCAGAAGAGAAGAAGUUUAACUUACUUUUUCUGUUAAAUAAUAUAUCACAAUAAUGAGCGGGCCUUUGUGCGGAGGGACCUCGGAGGUGCAGGAGGCAAACGAUGAAGUUCAGAGAAUCUGUGAUGAGAUGAAGCCUCACGCGGAGGAGAAGGCAGGUAAAACGUUUGAAGUUUUCACUGCCAAAUCUUACAAGUCACAACUUGUAGCAGGGAAGAACUAUUUCAUCAAGGUCCAUGUAGGCGGGGAUGAGUUCGUGCACCUGCGUGUUUAUAAGAUGCUGCCUCACGCUGGUGAAAAACUGGAGUUGCACGGCCUGCAGACGUCUAAAGCCCACCAUGACCCUAUUGAAUACUUCUGAAUUCAUUUCCCCUUAACAAACCGCAGUAACAUAUUAACACAGGCUGUGCCAAAGAGGGGCCCUGUGUGAUACUGUAACCACCGCACAUAUAAUCACAAAAUGGCUGUUGUUUAUUUUGUGUUUGUACAAGUUUUAUGAACGGAAAAGAAAUUUGAACAGCAGCUUUUGAACCAACAGAAAGAGCUGUAUAAACAACAGUCCAAAUUUUCAUGCUGUUUUUGGUCUUAUAAUUUUUUUUUUCCACAUAAAUAUUCUACCAGACUUAACACACUUUCUUAUUAACAAAUACUCGCAAAAUGCUAAAAUAUGUUAAUAGGGAAAUGUGACACCUGCAAUAUGUAGAAAUAUUUUUGUAAUCAGAAGAAUUACAGUACUUGCAGUGAAAUGACUAUGGAAAUAAACAAACACCACAACUUCUGAGUGUGCAAUAAAUAAUAUUGAUAACUCUG